AUGGAGGACGACUCGUCUGCUAAUGUUGAGCUAUUAUGCUUCUUGCUACGUCAAUUAGAUGAAACAGUUAAGCUUAACAAUACCCGCAAUGCUGUAGACGAAUUGCGCAACUCAAAUUAUCUGCUUUACAAGGAAACGGCUGAAACAGAUGAUGAGAAACUGUCGGCACACGUGCUGGAGGAUGGCUUGGGCCGAUAUCAGGAUUUGAUGAUCGAUCCCGAGGGGGUUAACAACUAUUGUGACGAUGUGAUCGAGCUGCUCAAUACGCAUGCGGUGGAGUUUUCCGAUGAUGACUUUGAAAUAACCGAACCGGCUUUGGAUGAUCCUCUUUCCUAUCUAGCAAAUGAGGAAUGUCAAGGAGAAUACGAAAACUGUUCCAAGAACGAACUUUCCUCGUCUACGCUUGCUGCGAUUGUUAGCAAUACCUUGCGAAUCGAAAAUCAACAGUCAGUAGAAAGUCGAGUGACUAAUAAGCUACCUUCCACUUCAAAUAAUAGCGCAGAAGAUGUUUCCCGACCAGUGACUACCUCCAGCGGAAUUCCAGUUUUUACACCAAAAAUACCCAUCUCCAAAGCAACGUCUUCGAAACUUCCCAUAAGUUCUGCUGACACUGCCAAAUCUACUGCUAGCAGCCUUGAGAGUGGUGCAGCUGGUAACGGGGGUGCUUUUCGAACGGCAAAAGACGAGCUGAUCAUACAAAAUAUUAAGAAAUACGGUACAUCGAACCUGCCCGGCAAGGCGCCUCUGAUUGCAUGCGGCCGUAAAACACUCGGAGGACGCCGCACGAUCGGCAGUAAGUUUGUCUGUCCCACGCGAACGGAGCAGGACGAACGGGCGGGUAAACAAGGCCAACACGUCCAUGAUAGUGGCAGCAACGACGAUAGCCAAGAGGAUGAGAUCGAUGAGCGUUUGAAGAAUAUCGAUCCGAAAAUGGUGGAAUUGAUUCGGAGCGAGAUUAUGGAUCGCUUUCAACCACUUUCGUGGGACGAUAUUGCGGGGUUGGAGUAUGCAAAAACCAUCAUCAAGGAAGCAGUUGUUUGGCCAAUUCUGCGACCGGAUAUUUUUACCGGUUUGCGCAAACCACCCCGCGGCAUACUGCUUUUCGGUCCACCCGGUACGGGCAAAACGCUGAUCGGCAAGUGUAUCGCAUCGCAAUCGAAAUCGACGUUUUUCAGCAUAAGUGCGUCAUCGCUUACCUCCAAAUGGAUCGGCGAUGGGGAAAAGAUGGUACGGGCACUGUUCGCGGUGGCCGUAGUUCAUCAACCGGCAGUAGUUUUCAUAGACGAGAUUGAUUCGCUGCUCUGCCAACGAUCCGACACGGAGCACGAAAGUUCGCGACGUUUAAAGACGGAAUUUCUGGUACAACUGGACGGUGCGGCAACGGCGGAAGACGAACGGAUUCUAAUUGUUGGUGCAACAAAUCGACCCCAAGAGCUCGAUGAAGCUGCCCGUCGUCGGUUGGUGAAACGGUUGUACAUUCCACUGCCGGAACGGGCAGCUCGUAUUCAAAUUUUAACCCGAUUACUGCAAAGGGAACGGAACAGCCUGGAAGUGGAGGAAAUUGCACGCAUCGGUGACCUAACGGAAGGAUUUUCCGGUGCCGACAUGAAAGUGUUGUGCCACGAAGCUUCCAUGGGACCGAUACGAUCGAUACCGUUCGAACAGUUGGGAGACAUUGCGAAGGAUCAGGUUCGAGCGAUAUGUUACGAGGAUUUUCGGCUAGCGCUAACCAAGGUGAAAGCUAGCGUAUCGCCGAAUGAUUUGCAGCAGUACGUCGUUUGGGAUCGGAUCUAUGGUGCGGGAGCGAUUUAAUUCUGCAU